GCCUCACAGAGACUGAAACAAAACAACAGCUCGUUUUACAAGAAGAAAAAGAAACGUCUGGAUUUUACUUUAUUUGACUUUUAGUAUUGCUUGUUUUGUUUGCUGGAUUUACUUUGUGUCUGUUGAGGAGAAGAAGAAGAGGAGGAGAAGAAGAAGAGGAGAAGGAGAAGAAGGAGAAGGAGGAGAAGGAGGAGGAACAGUAAGAGAGACUGAGACACGUUUAACUUACUCCAGCAGGAAAGCAGGUGCCAGGCUCGCUCGUCCAUGUGGUCUCGGCAGCAGCUCCGAGGCCAGCAGCUGUAUCCAGGGCCCAGGUCAGGAGUCUGAUGUCAGGGUGAGAGAUCCUGCCAAUGCCCCCUGUCCUCACAUCGGAAGCCCAUCACCCCGCCUCCUCCCAGCAAACACACAUGUUGACUGGAAACAUGCUAUAGCCGCCUGACAGCCAAUCAAAAUGAUGGCCUCUGUGGUGGUCAGGGGCGCCCGGAAGAAGUCUCUCACGUUGAGAGGAGUGGACCCGGAGACCUGCAUGAUCGUGUUCAAGAACCACUGGGCACAGGUCGUGAAGAUUCUGGAGAAACACGAGCCGGGUCGCAGCGGCACUGGGGCGUUGAGCUUCCUCUCCGGAUACACUAGCAGCCCCAGCGGCUCUGGAGCGUUACGCCUCGGCCCCAUCCCGGCUGACGAAGCCAGCGCCGUCCAGAACUACGUGGAACACAUGCUCUUCCUGCUGAUGGAGGAAGACGCAGGGCAAGGAGGAGCGAUGGGUCCGAUCCUGGAGUUUGUGGUUCUGGAGGGUGUGAUGGAGAGGUUGUUCCUGUGGAGCCUGAGGAGGCAGUUCACUGAGGACAUGAAGCUGGAGCAGCUCCGGAUGUACCAGAUGCUCCUGUCUCAGGCCAAACAGCCUCUGCUGCAUCACAAGCCUGUUCUCCGACCGCUCAUGAUGCUGCUGGCCUCGUGUGCUGGAGCUGGAACCGACAGCGGCGGCGUGGUGGAGGCGGAGCUUGUCCUCCUGCUGAACCAGCUGUGUGUCGCUCUGGUCAAAGAUCCCUCUGUGCUGGAGCUGUUCUUCCACACCAGUGAGGACCAGGGAGCCGCCAACUUCCUCCUCUUCUCCCUGCUCAUACCAUACACACACAGACAGGGUUCAGUGGGUCAACAGGCCCGAGACGCUCUGCUGCUCAUCAUGUCUCUGUCGUCCUCCGAGCCUCGAGUCGCCCAGCACAUCGGAGAGAGCACUUACUUCUGUCCUGUGCUGGCCACAGGUCUGUCUGGUCUCUACUCGUCUCUUCCAGCCAGGCUGCAGGUUUACAGUGAAGACUGGCACUGUCUGGACCAGGCCGACUGGCAGCAGGUUCCAGCUCUCGUCCACCUCCUGCAUUCACUGGACUUCUGUGGUGCUGUCACCAAGGUCGCUCAUCCCUCCAUCAGGUCUCAGUUGCUCAGUUACAUCUACAACGGCUUCUUGGUGCCUGUUGUGGCUCCAGCUCUGCACAAGCUGACAGUGGAGGAGGUGAUGACCACCACGGCGUACCUUGACCUAUUCCUGCGUUCCAUCUCCGAGCCCGCCCUCCUCCAAACCUUCCUGUCCUUCAUCCUGCUGCACACGCACGACAACGUGCACAUUCUGGACACGCUGGUCAGCCGGGUCAACACGCCCUUCCAGCUGGGUACAGUGUCUCUGGCUCUGUUCAGGACUCUGAUUGGUCUGUUCUGUGAAGACGUCAUGCUGCAGCUGGUGUUCAGGUAUCUGAUUCCCUGCAGCCACCUGAGCAGGAAGCAGCGCUCCUCCUUAAAGCAGAGGGGCUGUUACUCCAGCAGUGCCGCCUCCUUCCUGCUCCUCAUGCCCUCCUGGUGUCCCGUGUACCUCCACAACACAAACACACGCUCCCACUCUGAGCACAUCCACUUCCCCAAAGGAGCAGACCUGUCGGUGUCGGACAGUGUCGGUUACUGUCGAGGUUCAGAUUUUCAGAUGGAUGUAAACUACCUCCACUACCUUUCCGACGCUCACCAGGCCAUCUCUGCGUCCCACAGGGCCUGUCAGCUCUGGUCAGCCCCAUAUGACGGGAUCAACCCUUCGUGUGACGAUAACCGAUCUGACACACCAGGGGGCGACAUAGAAGAAGAGGAGGAAUUUGUACAGCGGGUCAAGAGUGACUCCAUCUGCUCUUUGGUCACCACUCCUCCCCCCUCUGCCCUCUCUCCCACCCCUUCCUCCUCAGAUACCAUCUCCACCACCAACCAGACAGGAAGGGCCGGCUCCGCUCUGGAGCUGGAGUGGGACGACAUUUUUGAAGAUGACGAUCUCUCUUCAUCACUGAUGAUGAACUCAGGGUUUGCAAACGGCAAUGGGACUCUGGGUCCAACUCCUCCUUUACCUCCUCAGCACAUCCAGGAAAUGCGACGCAGUGCGAUCAAACUGGUGCACGGCUCGUACGUAGAGGAGUCCGAGUUUCAGGACGAUGUUCUCGUCUACGAUCUAGUCGCCCAGAAGGACACAAAGGCGGCCAUGUUGGAGAGAAUCAUGGCAGAAAAUCGACUGGCACGAGGAAGCACCUCACAUGUUCAGCAAGCGCCAACGGCAGUGACAACGUCAACGAUCACAACAAUGUUAACGCAAACAGGGAGAACGGUGAUGGAAACAGUUAACAGUAUUAUGUCGACGAGGAGGAGGGGCGAGGAUGGAGAGAGGGAGGAAAGAAGAGGGAGCGAAGUUUGUGGAGAGGAGGUGAAGAGGGGGAGCGAGGAUGGAGAGAGGGAGGAAUGCCGCAGGGAGAAUGGGAGAAGGAGGGAGGAAGAAGAAGACGAGAAAAUCAGGCCUGAGUCUCAAGGAGAGACAAGGGGACAUUUCACCAAUGGUUUCAAUGUAAAGAAUCAUAUCAUCAACGAAUGUGAUGAUACAGACGAAGACGACCAAUCGUUAAAGAAAAGCUGCAACCAGAGUGACCUCACAACUAACACAACUGUCCAUCACAAGCACACAACAGACCAACAGCUUUUACAUCCAACGUGGUGUUUAGGGACAAAUGCUUUACCCAAUGGGAACGAUGGAUCUGAGCCACAUUACCCAACCACGUCUCCAAGCCUGCCUGAUAACAAAGUGAAGAAUAACAACGGCUUCCUGUCCCAGUACCAAGACCUCAUGUUCUCCCUCGGGGUGGAGCCGGACUGUGAUGACAUCACCGAGGACAUCGGCACAUUCAGGAGGCGGGUCCGAGCGCUCAGGCAGAAACUAUUGGAGGAGGAAGAGGGGCUCUUCCAAGAAUCAGGUUUUAGUUCAUCGUGGGAGGACGGAGAGGUGGAAGGGGAGGAGGAGGAGGAGGCGAUGGAGGAGGUAGAGGAAGGAGAGGAGACAAAAGGCAGCAGGAGGAAUGGAGUUCCAUUUACAGGUCCGUUCAUCAGUGUCCUGUUGUCUCGGCUCGAGAACAUUCUGGAGAACUCCAUCGCUGUGAACCUGCUGGUGACGGGCAUCUUGGCCCAGCUGGCGUCGUACCCACAACCGCUGCUGAGAGCCUUCAUGCUCAGCACCGACACAACGCACACUCAGCCCAACGUACGCACUCUGUACCAGGUGUUGGUGUCGGUUCAUGCUCAGGUUGAGCGCUACGUGGCGGCCAGAGCAGAUUAUCCAGCGCUGCUCACUCAGGCCUGGAGGUUCUUGUUGGUGAAAGACCAGGACAGCAAGUUUAGAGAGUGCCUCGAGUCUCACGGCAGCGAUAUCAUCCUGGAUCCGUCCCUCCCCAACGGCUCUGUGAGAAACGCUCUGGCUCUGCCCCCCCUCGGCGUCCUGCCGCCCUGCCCUCCGAUCCCCCCCCAAGCCAAGAGCCGAGUGUUCGCCAUUGUCCUGUUCGCAGAGUUCCUUAAAGAGCUAGCCGCCAUCGCCCAGGAGCACAGCGUCGCACUGGACUGUUCUCCCGAGGAGUAAUCAGAGGAACGUUGCCUGUGAAAGUGCCACUGAUGUGCCCAUGAGCAAGGCACUGCUGAAAACCUCAAACAGAGGAAGUGAUACGCAACCACCAGCAGAAGACGGGGUGGCUUUCUAAAAGUCCCAAAGCACAUGACAUGCAACACAAACUAUACGACCACAACAUGUGAGUAAAUUAAAUAGAUUUCAUACAUAAACUUGUACAUUUGUAUAUAUUCCUGGCAGCACUUGAAACCCCCCCCCCCCCCAUGUGAAUAUGGUUGAUGAUUUAUGCUGAUGAAAAUAAUUUGAUGGGGCAAAUUUUGACGAUAAAUAAUAUUCCUUCUCUAAAUGUUUGUGGGGUCAGAGAAAAUAGGUUCUACAACUGUUUCUGAAAUAUUUGUCUUAUUUUUAAAGUGAAAAGUACCUUAUUCCAGCUGAUUCAACUUUAAUGGUGAAAUGAAGCGUUUGUUCUGUUGUGUCUUUAUAUGCACAAACACAAACACUCUUACACAGUGAUGACAAUGCCUUACUUCAACACACUAAGAGAUUUCCGUGCAAUACACACGAUGUGCAAGUUGUAUCUUGUCUCAUUUGCACUUGUAUCAGUUUGUACUUCGUUGUUUUUAAUGUUAAUUGUGUGAUUUCAGUUUGUUAAUGUUUGUCCCUCUUUGUUUUUUUGCAUUGGCUUCACUUUACCUGAGCUCCGGCCAACUGUGAUCUGUUUUCUCACUUCCGCCAUUUUUUACACCAACGAAGUUCCCCAGACUCUUUUUGUCCCUGAUUGUAAACACUUCCCCCCUCGUCACUACACAAACCAUCAUUACUACAUUGUUAUUAUGGGAUGGCAGAAUUUGACUGGCCUGAAGCAGUACGUCUCUCAGCCCAUCCUGUUGAGGGUCAAUGCUGCCAUCUGCUGGUGAACCACCACUGUGACGCGUCAUUAUAAAGUCUCUUCUUUCCUUUUGGAGGAAAUUAUUGCCAAGAUGAUGUGAAAAUAAUUAAGACCAUAAAAUAUCUUUAUCCCU